AUGUCGUUGGAAAUGAAAAAUAAUGAAGACGAUAUCGAUGAAAAUGAUGAUGAUGAUUUCAUGUACUCGGAGAUGGAAAAAAAAGCACUCGAAACCGAAGAAGAAGAGGAAUGGAAAACGUCUUCGUAUAAAAUAGAAAACAUGCAACUCAAACUCUACGUGGACGUUCUGGAUAAACUGUGCAAAGAAGAUAAGAUCGAACAGUUCGUGAAAGUAUUCGCGCCUCCCGAUUUAGAGGAAGAAGAUAGAGUAUAUUUCAUGGAGAGUUUAAAAGGGACGAUGGAAAACGGCGAGAGGUGGAAACGGAUGAAACGAGAGAUUGAGAUUUUACAGACGGGGAAAUAUCGCGGGAUAUCCGGGGAUCAAGAAAGAGGCCCGGUGGAAUUUAGAUUCGAUAUGAUGGUAGACGAAGACAAAGAGGAAGACAGAGAAGAUAAUAAUAAUAGUAAAAUGAAGAAGAAGAAUAGAAAUAGCAUUCACAUCAUGCGGGAAGUCGUGUUUCGGAAAACGAACAACGUGUGGCACGCGGAAGGAUGA